AUGGAGAUUUCCGUCGAAGCUGGCACGAUUCAGGUUAGAAAGCCCAUUACCUUUUGGAAUUGCAACAGAGAAACCCGCCAGAGCCCCAACUUGGAAGGUAGCCCUUUUGUGUUCUCACAGAAGAAAAGGUUCACCGCCGUGGGUUGUGGAGCAUUCAGGUUGUUGAUUUCGUCGAAAGUGUCAACGAAUAUUGCCGGCUGCAUGUCCACUUGCGGUGAGACUGGAAACCACAGCUGUAGUGGGAUGGUUGAUGUGCCUGUGUUGCUUGAAUGGGAAUUAUACUAUUCAGCUUUUGAUGUAUUUGGAACUUCUUUUGAGACUAAUAAAUCAACUUGUAAUAUUCAAUCAGUCCCGGGUGAAUGUAGCUGUGGAUGGGGAUUUGAAGGAAACCCUUAUCUUAUUGAAGGAUGUAAAGAUAUUGAUGAAUGCAAGGAACCGAAUUCUACCACAUGUCAUGGAGCAGGAACUUGUGGGAACACUAUUGGAUCAUAUGAGUGCCGAAAGAUCAAGUUUAAAAUUGUACUUAUUGGUAUCAUUGGUCUUGAAGUGUUGUUUCUGCUUAUUGGCGCAUGGUGUCUACAAAAGUUCAUAAAGAAAAGAAAAGCCAUCAAACAUAGAAAACAGUUCCUCAAAUGAAAUGGUGGUUUAUUGUUACAGCAGCACAUUUCAGGGGCAGUACAAUUUGAUACUAAAACCAAGGUGUUCAAUUCAAAGGAGCUACCCAAAACCAAUUCAAAUAGAAUUUUAGGCCAAGGUGGCCAAGGUACUGUUUACAAAGGAACAUGCGAUGGAAAAAUCGUUGCGGUGAAGAAAUAAAUAGCAGACGAAGAAUAACUUGCGGAAUUCAUUAAUGAGGUUAUCAUUCUUUCACAAAUUAACCACAGGAACGUGGUUAAACUAUUAGGAUGCUGUUUAGAGACCGAAGUUCCGCUUCAUGUUUACAAAUUCAUACUCAUUGAUACACUUUCCGAGUAUAUACAUGACCAAAAUGAGGAAUUUCCUGUUACAUGUGAAAUGCGUUCACGAAUUGCAUUGGAAAUUGCAGGUGCUUUGUCCUACUUACACUCUGCAUCUUCCUUUCCCUUGUACCAUUGCGAAAUCAAGUCUUCGAACAUACUUUUAGAUGACAAGUACAGAGCGAAAAUUGCUGAUUUUGGAAGUUCAAAAUCAGUUACCAUUGACCAAACACAUGUUGUUACACGGGUACAUGGUACAUUUGGCUAUUUGGAUCCUGAGUAUUUACAAUCAAGCCAAUUUACAGAGAAAGGCGAUAUCUAUAGCUUCGGUGUGGUAAUCGUUGAGCUCUUGAUGGGACAAAAACCAAUAUUGUCCUCUUUGGCUCAGGAAGGAAGAAGCCUAGCAAAUUUUUUCUUCAUGUGCAUGGAGGAAAAUCGUUUGUUUGAUGUAGGUGAUCCUCAAAUUGGUAAUAAAGGAAGUAAGGAACAGAUCAUGGAAGUUGCCAAUGUUGCAAGAGGAUGCUUGAAUUUGAAUGGAAGGCAUCGACCCACAAUGAAAGAAGUGACAAUGGAGUUGGAGGCAAUUCAGAAAUCAACCAUAACUUUUUUGAAUGAACAGACUCAUAAAGAAGAUGAAUAUCUAAGGCCAGAAAUAACAGAGCCUUGGGAUGUUUCCACACCAACUGGAUCACACAUAAACACUGGUAAUAAUAUUGUUUCACCAAUAGAUGCAAUGCCACUAUUAGUUUCCAAGUAA